ACGUUCCAGUUUCACUUUCAGUUCAUCACUCGACACUUUACAGAACAACGUCGCUAAAAUCUACCCGUAUUUAAUUUUGUUUCAAGGCGUUCACAUUUUUUGCAAGGAUGGAGAUUGCUUCAUUCCUUCUAGGAAGUGUGGCACUUAUGAUACAACUAUUUGCAAAACAGUCGGAAAUCGCAGAUAUUGCAAAAACUACGGUAGAACUGGAAAAUGACUCGAGUUUACCUCUCCCCAAAACUUACGACUUUAUAAUUGUCGGAGCAGGAACCGCGGGUUGUUUACUGGCGGGCAGAUUAUCAGAAAAAUUCUCCGUCCUACUUUUGGAGGCUGGUGGAUCUCCCCCACCAGCAGCGGCGGUCCCAUUUUUCUCUGGAACUGUCGGCAGCGAUCCAGACAUUAAUUAUUUUUUUAAGACGGUGGACAUGACGUAUGGAGGGGUCGCGACUGUUCACACCGGGAAAAUGCUGGGAGGGUCGGGAUCUCACAAUGAUUUGGUGCACAAUCGUGGCAGUCCGAAAGAUUAUGAUAACGUUGCCCGUCUCCUAAACGACAGCAGCUGGGAGUAUGAAAAUGUUGUGGAAUUUUUCAAAAAAACUGAAACAUGGCAGGGAACACAGCAUGGAGAGGAAGAUUUGUCGAGAUACUACGGAACGGAUGGACCAAUUGUAGUUCAAUCGGUGGAAUUUCCUAUUCUUCCAAUUUGGUUUGACGCUGGAAGGGAAUUGGGAUUUAAGAUUGGCGAUCCAAACGGAUAUCAAACUGAAAGUUUUCAAGCAUCCAACACACCAACACGUAACGGGCAGCGGAGCAGCACCUACGCCGAAUUUGUGAAGCCGUACGAAAAUACGAGAGAAAAUUUAACCGUAGUCCGAUAUGCGAACGUUUCUGAGGUUUUACUGAACGCUAACAAUGAAGCCUACGGCGUUGCAUACACCCGUCACGGACAUCCUCAAAUAAGUUAUGCAUCCAAAGAAGUCAUCGUGAGCGCUGGGGUUUUUUCGACACCGUUACUUCUCAUGAAAUCUGGAAUCGGACCAGUGGAAACUUUAGAGGCUGCAGAGAUUCCUGUAAAGGUUCCGCUACCCGCUCUUGGUGAAAACUUGUCGGAACACCCGGCCCUCUGGCUUGGACCGUGGUAUCCGGAAUCUGAUAAUAUUUCCCUGUUUCAUCAAGUCAUGCAUCCAGACGCCACAGAAGCUUAUGUUGCACAAUAUCUGCGUGGCGAUGGACCUCUCGCUUAUUUGGGGGAAGGUCCACAAAUGUUUAAAGUAACAUCAAGGGCGCGACCAGAUUGGCCCAACCUCUCGGUCACAAUCCAUUUGCAACCAAUUAGAGACCCUGCCGAUCGCCCAACAGUGUUCUUUUACGUUGUCCUGGGCAGACCACAGAGUAAAGGAAGGGUUACUAUGAAUUCUACCGCGUACAAGGCAGGGAUACGAGACGAUGUGCAGUUAGCAGAGAUCGAUUUCAAUUUUUUGAGCCACCCGGACGAUGCGGAGGAUUUAUUGGAAGGAGUUCAACUUGUCUUUAACAUUACGGCAACGGAAGCUUUCCAAACAAAUUUCAAACUAACGUAUGGUCAAUCACCAAGUCCAGGUUGUUUGGAUUUCCCAUCUGAUGAAUAUUGGAGAUGUCAUAUCCAUAAUGAGAUCAAGACUUGGAUUCAUAUGGUUGGAUCGGCAAGUUUAGGUCCAGAUUCGGGAGAUGCAACCACUUCCGUGCUCGAUACGAGGUUUAGAGUUCGUGGGGUGAAGGCUCUUCGAGUCGUGGAUGCCUCGGUUUAUCCAGAAGUACCAAAUGGAAAUCUGAACGCUCCAGUAAUGUUGGCAGCAGAGAAGGCGGCAGCAAUUAUUCUGGAGGAUUGGGACGCGUCUGGUCCACCACCCGGGGAUAAUGGUGGAGGGUUCACGGGACCAAAUUUGCUCAAGACGAUCAUUCUAACAGCGUUUGUGAUGUUUUAUUUGUAAAUAUUGGAUCUAGUGUUUAAAACACUUUAUUUAAUUGGAAUAUUAAAAAAAAUUAGAACCAAAUGCUGCAUGAAUAUUAUAAUUGUCUUAUAUCUCAUUUAAUUCACAUAUAUCGUUCAUAUAAAUUUACAAAUAUAAAUUUAAAUACACUUAUAAAUUUUAUGCAACAAUCACAUCCCUAAUACAGCGGUGUAACUUUACAAUCUCAUAGGAUUGGAAUUUGGUGAAAUCAUGUAAAUAAAAUUUUGAAAUAUAUAACUAUAUUUAGAUUAUAAAAUGUAACUCAAAUUUUUAUAAUUUAUACUUAAUUAAUAUAACUAAGGAAGAGGGACACACUGGGUGCGAGUCACACAAUUAGUUGUUCGUUGUCCUCCUAAUUUUAUUUGGGCGGUCUAAGAACUCUAAGUAAUAAAAUUGAGGUUUCGGUGUUUUUCUUAAAUUUAGUGCGGUACUGUCAGUGUUUAAAGUGUUAUUAAGUGGGUUCUAUGGCUGGUAAAUAGUGGUAUUUGCCACACGAAAAUAAGAUGGUAGGAAAUGGUCUAUACCCAUUUGGAAGAUUUUGAGACAAUUUUUCCAUUUAAAAGAUUAACAUAAUUAAAUUAGUUAUUAUGUAUAAAACCAAACAGUUCGGAAAAAUUAAGAAAAAUAUUUAACAA